GCUUUUUUAUGUAAAUGGAUUUAUGGAAAUAAUCAAUCCGCCUUAAGAGGGGAUGAUUUCCACCAAGGCUUUUUUACGCUGGUAGGCGCCUAUAUAAGCUCUUCUGACUAGGGUUUGCUAUCAGUUUCGUGAACUAAAUCAAUUAUGAAGGUCCUUAUCGCUCUGUUGGUUCUAGUCGCCAUCCUUGGCUUGGCCCAAGCUGGGUACUUGGGAAGCUAUUACGGAGGAUAUGGCGGUUAUGGCGGCGGAUAUGGGGGAUAUGGUGGUUACAGAGGGUGGAGAGGCUACGGAGGAUAUGGUGGUUAUGGUGGUUACGGUAACACAGUUAGGGUUAUCAAAGUGGUUUCAGGAGGAUACGGUGGUGGUUAUGGCGGAUAUGGGGGUUACAGAGGCUAUGGCGGGUACGGAGGAUACGGGGGAUGGAGAUCUGGCUGGUGGUAGAGAGCGCGCGCUUUUGCAACUACCGUCAUGGAACGAAGAUAAACAAACUGUCGAUAUCUUUAUUAUUUUCACAAAGUAUUAAAAUUGUACAUACAUUUUUGUACCUAAAUUUGAUGUGGAUUAAAUUUUGGUUUUAUAAUA